UAGCAAAAACAUUGUCUCGAUUCGAAAUGAUGAACAAAAUUAAUAACCUGGCCGAUAUCGGUGUCUUACUCCAAAGAAAUAAUCUGGGAAGUUUAUGCUAAACACAACACCGCCGCACACUCACUCACAGUUCACACACAACACAGUAAAAGGUAAAAUGGCGGCCGCGUUUCCUUCACAGGAGCACAGGCCGGUGAAAAAGCCAAAGCUUGGCCCACCCGACGUUUACCCGCAAGAUUCUAAACAAAAGGAGGAUGAACUGAAUCAGCAGAAUGUCAAGCAAGGAUUUCAGCUGGGCACAAUCGUAUCUGAUGAGUGUGGAUCAGAAAAAGGACUCGACAUCACUUUAGAGAAGUGUAGUACAUUUUACAACAACUUGUUCAAGAAAAGGACAGACCAGAACACACUACAGGACAGCAAGAACAAAAAGUUUCAGUUGCCUGUCAAGGACAACUUCUGGCCUGCUGCCUGCAGUAAAGUCUCCACAGAGGCAUGGUUCAGAGACUUGGCUGGCAACAAACCUUUGGCUUCCCUCAGCAAGAAGGUGCCGACCUUCAACAAGAAGGAGGAGAUUUUCUCCACCCUGUGCGAGAACGCGGUGCCACACGUCAGAGCUGCUUGGUUCAUCAAGAUGACGGCUGCGCACAAUAUGGGCACUCAGGAUUCCCGCAACCGCCGGAAGCUGGCGGUGGACCAGUCUAUGGACUGGACCCAGGCGCUGACCAAAUACCUGAAAGACCAGCUACAGAAGAUCCAGGACUUCUACCACGGAACCAGCACGCCCCAGGCCACGCCUUUCUUGUUGGCCCAGGCUCCCAACCCCUCCCAGGUGGAUCUAGAUCUGGCCAUGAAGAACUGGAACUAUUGCACUCGCUUUGCCAACCACAUGUAUGAGGAGGGUCUGUUUGAUCGUCACGAGUUCCUCAGCUGGAUUAUCGAGCUUCCCGACAAGAUGAAGCAAGUGGACGAUGUGGUGCUCAAGCUUAUUCUGGCCCAGUUAAAUACAUAUUCUUCUGACAUUUGCAAGUCUGUGAUACUAGCCCGUCGGCUGGCCCAUUUCUGUGGGAAAAAGAUCGUCCACCUGAUUGCCGAGAUGGACCACAUGCUCGGCCGCACGGACCCGAUGGUCAGCAGCAAUGGAACCCCGUUGACCCCAGCGCAAGCCAUCAACACCACCAUCCAGAUGUGUAACCCGCUGAUCAACGCCAUGGCCGAGUUCAAAGAAUGCCAGAGCCAUCGGUACAUUGUGCUACAGUUGUGUGCUCUUGCCCAGAUCAUCACCAUCAAGUGCCCGACUGCCAUGGUGUGGAACGCUCUUGGAGAGGGAAAGAGCAAUAUCUAUCUCACAGGUUCACCGCUAGACAUGUUCCCGUGUGCUACCAGUAACCUACCCAUGCCUCCGGGGUCCAACAAUAGUUAUAUACGUAGUCAGCUAAAAAUAGCGGAGCAGCAGAUUAUCGCGCGUGGUCACGCGGCUGAGGUUCACUGGUCGUCGGACAAGUGUCAGCAGUCGGCUGUUGGUUAUGUGAUGAGCAAAGUGCUGGAGGUGCUGGACAUCCUUGACCAGCACAACUUUGACAUAGUGGACGGGACCUACAACAUGGACUCUCUCUACGGGAAAAUCUUCAGCCUCACUCAGCGGAAGGAAACAGGCGAUCCUCCGAUCGGGGACGAGCCAAUCAUUAACCUGUUGGUGGACUGGGCUGUGAGCACACAGAGGGUCGGGGACCACCGCUGCAUCGUGGUGGCGCUGCUGCUUGAGAGACGACAGUCGGAAAUCAGGAGCGAGAAAUACGGCGAAGUGGAAAGCUCCGACGAGAAGGAAGUGAUCACAGACACGGGCACGCCCCCAGUGUUCCAGUCUCUCUUGAUGAGCUUCCUGGACACCAGAGCGCCUGUGCUGGAGGAACACGCGAGCGAGGAAGCCCAGCAGGCCUUCAAGAACCUCAUCCUGCUGUUCAACGAGCUCAUCGUGCACGAUGUGUUCUCCCACGACGCCUACAUGCACAUGCUCAUCUCCCGCGGCGACCUUGGCCAGGCCCCGGCCUACACCACCCCGCUGGCCGACAACGAGGACCUGUUCAGCGUCAAGAGCCAGCCAGAGAGCAUCAAGCACGAAGUCAGCCUCGUGGAUGAUGACAUCAAGGUGGACAUGGAUAUUCACACUGUGGAGGAAAACUUGGGCAGUUUCUUUGGUUCCUUGAAGGAUGAGCCCAAACCCAGCCCGGAGCAGCCAGAUCUGAGUCUAGGUUCAUUGAAUGCGUCGGUGAAGUCUAUCAAGUCGGACAAGGAGCAGCCGCUGGGCAGCGUGGGAGAUUUCAGCGCCAACACCACGGGCCCCCCGCCGCUGAAGGGCCCGUCUCGACACAUGGUCUACGCCACGCACUUCCCCAUCCCUCAGGACAUUGAAGAUGAAGACUUUGGCACGGAUGACUGCUCCAGCCACGAGAUCAACCAGCGGAUGAUCGUCCUGUACGGGGUGGGCAAGGCCAGGGACGAGGCCAGGCACCUGUUCAAGAAGAUCUCCAAGGAAAUUGUCCGCUUGUUCAGCAAGAGGAACUGUGUGGAUGUGACCAGCGGGGAUCUGGGCAAGGUCAAGAAGAAGAAAGAGAAAGAGACGAAGGAAGGGGAGACAAGCACCGCCACCCCAUCCACCUCCAACCCGUCGACGAUGACCACGCCCAACUUUGACAGCAUGCAGCAGAAGUUUGCCAAGUUGUCCUACUUCGACCAACACCAGGUGACGGCUCAGUGCACGGCGGCCGUCCUAGACCAGAUCAAGAGCUUCACGGCGGGGAACUUCACCUACCUCCCGCUGGGCGACAACAUCUCUUUCCUCUUUGACCUAAUGCAGCAGGCGCUCAAUAUCAGCGGCCUCCUCGAGUUUAUUAUACGGCUGCUGAAAGACCUGGUGGAAGUGGAGAAGGAGCUGCACCAGAAGGAGUCGUUCCUCAUGAUGACCUACACCACCGAGGUCUGCCUCAACAUUGUGGCCGUGCUGAGGCGCUACCACUCCUACCUGCUCAGCCCGCAGGGACUCAGCUCUGAGCUCUUUAUCGGCCUAACCGACAUCCUGAAGGUGGUGAACGUGUGCAACCCCAUCAACUGCUCCACCGCCGAGCGCUGCGUGCUGACCUACCUGUACGACAUCUACACGACCUGUUCUCCACUGCAGAUGCGGCAUUCAGAAAUCUUCAACCCAGCCUACACAAAGAUGAAGGCCACACUGUUCGCACAAAUCAAUCCAUCCUGUACCAACGCCAAGUGGGACCAGAACGAAAUGAAAGACAUCAUCACUAGUGCCAAAUUACCGGAAGAAGCCAACCGUGUUCACAAGAGCCUGGGCGACUCUGCGACCACGAGGUACAGCUUUGUCUGUAACGCCAUGCUUGAAGUGGUCUCCACCCAGCCAGACAAUCUACGCAACAUCAACGACCUGGCCGUGCUGUGUGCUGAGCUGACGGCUCACUGUAACUCCCUCAGCGAGGAGUGGCUAGGCGUGCUCAAAGCCUUGUGCUGUUCCUCACAGCAGGACCUGGGAUUUAUCGAUGUCCUCACCACCAUAGAUGUGGGCGAUCUGUCCAUCCACGACUCGCUGGCGGUGUUCACAGCCAUGUUGAUCGCCAGGCACUGCUUCUCCCUGCAGGACUUUGUCUACCACGUGGCCCUACCCUCGCUCAUGGCCGUCUGCUGCCCAGAGGGAGAUGCGGAGGCGGAGCCUGGCGCCCGUCUGUCCUGUCACCUCCUGCUGCGGCUGUUCAAGCCGUCAUACCUCAUCGCGGCGCAGUCGGGCCUGUCUGGCGUGAAGAACCCUCCGCUGAUCAGGAACUCGUGCGACCGGCAUUUGCUGGAGGCGGCUCAUCUGUUCAUUGGGGUGGGGCCCAUGCUGGCCGUACUGAAGGCUAUGCUCAAGUUAGCUGACGAACCAAACGAGGAUUCCUCCAGCAAGGGUAACUCUGGCAGCUCCAGAGACAAGAGCGGUGUGUUCUUCGCUGAUCUGCUGCGUAACCUUGACAACGACUUUGAGAUGGAAGCUCUCAUCAACGCCAGCUCCGGUGGGGGCAAUGGCAAGGAUGGGCUGGGCAGCGGCAGCCUCAGCGAGUUUGCCAAACGGGCGCUCACCGAGAUCUGCCGCCAGGACUGGGUGCGGGAGAAGUUCCUGCGCAACCCGGCCAAGCUGUUCACCAAUGACCUGCUCAACGAGAACAUUCUGUCGUAUCGACAGGCGCAGCAGCUGUUGCAGAUGAUCUGCUACCCGACGGGCGUGCCGAACCAGAUGGAGGGCUGCGAGCCGGAGAACAAGCAUGUGGUGGAGCGGGUGCUGCAGACCCUGGACCAGUGGACCCAGAGGGUAUCCUGGCUGGAACUACAGCUGUUGUUUGAGCGCUCUCAGAAUCAGACGGAGACGAACACUCUUCUGGACCUGGUGUCCCGCGGAACCAUCGACCUCUUCCACCAGCUGACAGAGAACCAGAACGGCUCGACGUCCGACUCCCCGAUGAGCCUCCCGACAGAGCACAAGAGCAACUCUGAAAACACGAUCUGGCUGGUGGCGCCGCUGAUCGCCAAACUGCCAAACGCCAUCCAGGGCCGCGUGCUGAAACUGGCCGCGCAAGUCCUGGAGAGUGGGAACAACCUGUUUGUCUCGGCCAAGAGUAAGCAGGAGAAGGAGAAGAACAUGAAGAGUAAGUCGCUGCUGGGUCACCAGCCCUUCCUGUCGCUGGUGCUGAGCUGUCUGAAGGGCCAGGACGAGCAGAGAGAGUUCCUGCUGCGCUCCCUCAUGAACCAGAUGGAGAUGUUCAUCGGCAACUCCAAGGACAUGAUGGACAAGACACCAGAUGAAAGCAAGAUCCGCCAACACCUUCACGAAGCUCUACAUCUGAGACUCUCCUUGGUGGGGGGCAUGUUUGACAUGAUCCAGAGAAACAACGCCAUGACCAGCGACUGGGCUCUUAUCCUUGUCCAGCUGGUCAGUCAUGAUGUGGUGGACUGUCAGGUCAACAGCGAGAGCUCGGGGACAAGAACAGCGCAGCCACGGACCAGAUCCGCCAGCUGCUGCCGCUGCCCAAGCAGCCCAUCGAGGUGAUCACGGUGGAGCCGUACGGGGCCGUGCUGGACAACAAGGGCAACAGGGUGCCGGGGCUGGACGCCACGGGGAAGAAGGCGGGUUUACAAGUGGCCCAGAAGGUUCCCUUCAACGCCUGGGAGAUCAUCGAGGGCCACAAGAACAUUCCGCCCAUCCCCUGGUCCUUUUUUGGGGCCGUCAGGAUGGAAAAGAAGGCCCUCAAGUAUGAGGACCAGAAAAGGAUUGACCUGUACCACACCCACACCCUGAGGAAACCUCUCAGCUACUUCUUAGAGCCCCCAGUCUUGCCACCGGAAGACCUGGAACCCAUUCCCGAGAAGAUUCCAAACAACGCCAUGAGGCCGUUCUACCCACAGGAGCCAAUGUAUGGCCAGCCAGGGCCGCCUCAGAUGUGGCCGUACGGCCCCUCGGGACCCCAGAACCCGUACGUGUACACGCAGCAACCCCCACAGCAGCGACCCCGUAUGGUGGGCGGCAUGGGCAAUUCCAAGAUGGUGCUCUCCAAUAUGUUGUACAAGCGGUCUAUGAACAACAGCCAGGGAACCUAUCUCACACCUCCCGAUGUCAGCGGGUAUGGCAGGGAUGCCAGCUGCGGCCAGCAGCACCAUAAACAGCUACAGUCAGGGACCCAUGGCUCCCAGUGCAGGGCCUCCGGGACAGCACCAGCAGUCCUACAUGGGAACACCUAUGGCCAACUCGCAGAUGCAGCUACGACAGCAGAUGAUGGCAAUGCAACAACAGCAGCAACAACAACAACAGCCGCAGCCUGGGAUGACCCCGAUGCAGGCGCCACAACAGCGAAACGUCAUGUCCAUGCGGCGCAUGUCGUCCGGCAUGCAAGGCCCGCCCCCCGGCCCAGCCCCGCAGUACGGCUCCUACCCUCAGUAUUGACCUGUGAACCAGUGGACCUGAUGAAAUGGCAUGUCAUUGUUGGGUUAUGACUGGGGGAUUUUUUUUUUUGGGGGGGGGGGGGUGUAAGGACAUAGGAAUAGUAGUUGACCGGAUUUAUUCUUUUUUUUUUGGUGACAUACGAACAGUAGGGGACAGGUUAAUUGUGACAUAUAUGAAUAGUAGUGGAAUUUUAUUUUAUUUCAUAAAAACUUUUUUUUGUUUUGUUACUGUUACAUAUGUAUAGUGGAGGACAUUUUUUCUUUUUUUUUUAAUACUUUAUUGUGACAUAAGAACAGUAGUGGACACAAUUUUUUUUUCCUGUUUUUUAAUCGUGACAUGUGAAUAGAAGUGGACCUUUUUUUUUUACUUUGUUGUGACAUACGAAUAGUCGUGGACAUUUGUUUUUCUUUCUUGUGACGUAAAUAGUCGUGGACAUUUUUUGUAAUUUAAAUUCGUGUGUGUGUGUGUGUGUGAAUGUGCAUGUAUGUGAAUGUAAGUACGUAUCUGUGUGAAUAAGUGUGUGUGUAACAGAGAGAGCGAGAAAGAGAAAAUGUGUUAGGAAGUGCAUGCGCUGAGCCAAGUUCUAUUUGUGGUGAUCAAUAAAUUGUUAUCUUGUCUU